UACGUGGACAGUGCAAUCGCCUCGGUCAAAGAAUUUCGCAACGAUCAGGGUAAGGUAGUCCAGGUUAUCGCCUCAUAUGGGCUCCCCAUGGACAUUAUCUUAGGUUUUCAUUCCACCUGUGUUAUGAACAUAAUUGGCUACAAGUUUGCCUAUUGUUUCUACCCAAAUGUGACCAUUCAUGAGAGGGCCUCAAUCAUUCAUGUCGGGCAUGAUCUCAAUUCUGUUCAUGCUUGUGAAAAAUGGGAGAGCCAGGGCUGGUGA